AAGUUGCUGUCUCUAAAAAACUACGUUUCCCGACGUACCCCUCAAACUCGUAAGCGCAUGCGCCCAUUUCGCACACCGGUCAGGGGAUCAUGGCGACUUACACCGAGAUUCUGAGGAACGAGUUCCCGCAAAUCGACGACGAGGUUUUUGACUACAUAACAGGUGUAUUGGAGUGUGGCAGUACUGAUUUUGAGGAUGGUGAGGAGGUGUUUGAUGCCAUUGGGGGUGUGCUGCAGGAGGUGUCUUCGGACUCCAAGAAUGAGGAUGACAUCCGGGAAAUUUGCCUACAGAUGUUCAACACUUUUAAGCUUGACUGCAACUCUGUGAAACAGCAGGUUUUAUUGGAUGCACCUGUCCAACUCUCCCAAAUGGCUGGAGAAUAUGAUGAUGCUUCAAAUGAUGUGCAAGGCAUCUGGAUGAUCAAGAGAGUACAGAACACGACAGUAGAUGCUAAGAAGCUGGAAAAAGCUGAAGCAAAAUUAAAAGCAAAACAUGAGAGAAGGACGGAGAAAGAUUCCCAGAAGACAUCUGGACCUGUUGUUUUGGAGGAAGCAUCUGCCAGUCAGGCUUCCAGUAAAAAGGAGAGUCGCAUUGAAACAUCUGGAAAAAGCAAAUCCUAUGACAUCAGGAUCGAGAACUUCGAUGUUGCCUAUGGUGACCGAUCCUUGCUAACUGGAGCUGAACUUACGCUAACAUAUGGCCGCCGGUACGGCUUAGUUGGCCGUAAUGGUCUUGGAAAGACCACAUUACUAAAGAUGAUGGCAAGCCGCAACUUGCGUGUGCCCUCUCACAUCAGCAUCCUACAUGUGGAACAAGAAGUGGCUGGAGAUGACACGACAGCUUUGCAAAGUGUGCUAGAUAGUGACACGGUGAGGGAAGGCCUACUGAAGGAUGAAAAGGAAUUGAAUGCCCGUAUUGCUGCUGGACAGUCAGAUGGAACAGAGAGUACCAAACUAUCCGAGAUCUACUCUAAACUUGAAGAGAUUGAAGCUGACAAAGCACCAGCAAGGGCCUCUGUGAUCCUUGCGGGUCUGGGCUUCUCUCCCAAGAUGCAGCAGCAGACCACUAAGGAAUUUUCUGGAGGAUGGAGGAUGAGACUGGCAUUGGCUCGGGCACUCUUUGCAAAGCCAGACCUACUCCUGCUUGAUGAGCCCACUAACAUGUUGGACAUCCGGGCCAUCCUGUGGCUGGAGAACUACCUUCAGACAUGGCAAUCCACCAUACUCGUCGUUUCUCAUGACCGUAACUUUCUGAAUGCUGUAGCAACAGAUAUCAUUCACCUGCACUCGCAGCGACUGGACACUUAUCGAGGCGACUAUGAGAACUUUAUUAAGACCAAGGAGGAUCGAUUAAAGAACCAGCAGAGAGAGUUUGAAGCACAGCAGCAAUACAGAGAGCACAUUCAGGUGUUCAUUGACCGUUUCCGGUACAACGCAAACCGGGCCUCACAAGUGCAGAGCAAAUUGAAGCUUUUGGAAAAACUACCUGAGUUGAAGCCUGUUGAGAAGGAGACGGAGGUCAUCUUACGGCUCCCAGAUAACUUUGAGAAGCUCUCGCCACCUGUGCUACAGUUGGAUGAGGUUGAGUUCUUCUACACUCCAGAGCAGGCACUCUUCAUGAACCUUUGUGUCUCUGCUGAUCUUGAGUCACGUAUUUGCAUUGUAGGUGAAAAUGGGGCUGGGAAAUCAACUCUCCUCAAACUGCUGUUGGGAGAUCUAACGCCAGUAAGAGGGAUUAGACAUGCACACAGAAAUCUGAAGAUUGGCUACUUUAGCCAACACCAUGUUGACCAGCUAGACCUCAAUAUGAACUCAGUAGAGCUGCUGUCCAGCAGGUUCCCAGGCAGACCAGAUGAGGAGUAUAGGCAUCAGCUAGGAGGAUAUGGGAUCUCGGGAGAGCUGGCACUGCGACCUGUUGCCAGUCUGUCUGGGGGACAGAAAAGCAGAGUGGCUUUUGCACAAAUGACAAUGCCAUGCCCUAACCUGUAUAUACUUGAUGAGCCCACCAACCAUCUGGACAUGGAGACAAUUGAGGCUCUUGGCAGAGCACUGACCAAGUUCAAGGGUGGAGUGGUCCUGGUAUCCCAUGAUGAGCGGCUCAUUCGCAUGGUUUGCAGGGAAUUAUGGGUGUGCGAGAAUGGAACUGUCCGAAGGAUUGAGGGUGGCUUUGAUGAAUACAGGGACAUUUUGCAUGAACAGUUUUGCAAGGAGGGCUUUUUAUAAGCUCGAAGCUGCUAUGAUGCCACAUCUUCAGAGAACUGCAAUUUGUUUGAUAUACCGUUCCUAAAUUAUUCUAACAGUUAUGAGGAUUUACAAGCUGCAAAUAAACCUGAACUCUCAGCCAAUGAGGUGACUUCAUGUCCUGCAGACAUGCGGCAUGUAUUGUCGGGGAUCCCAGCUUUGACAGUGCAUGUGUUUGUAUGUGACUGUGUUCCAGUGUGGCUUGUCUACACAACUGAAGAUCAUUUGGCAGAGGGCUAGACGUUGAAAACAGUCACUCUACCUAUAUUAGAUGGUGGGUGCUCUGGGCUAGAUAAGUGAUAAGUGUACCUUGAGGAACAGCUGGUGGCAUCAGAAUUUUUCUCUGAUUCCUGUUUACCCAGGCCAGUAUAGCUGUACUCUCCCUGGAAGUGGGAGUUGAAGCCCACAUGGUUUUUGUGAUUUAUCGGGCAGUAAGUUGGUGGAAAGGAUGCAGCACUCUGUUUUUAUAUGUGUACUUUGACAUGUGUGAAUAACAUCUCCUGGGUAAGUACUAGAGUUUGAUGGUCAUAACAUGUGAGGUACCUUUAGGCCUAUGAAAGGUUUUCAUACUUUGUGCACUUUAACUUUUGUGAUCAAUCAACUUAUUUGCAGCUUGUGAGGAAGGAAUUAAUGAUUAAAUGUAAAGUACUUAUUAUGACAGUGACUUAUAAUCAAAGUACCCUUUAACAUUUGUAGCUUAGGUCAGCUUCAGGGUUGAGGCUGUGCUUUUUUGGAUGGGAGCUGGAAAAGCUCUGAAAGGCCUGAAUUUCGGCAGCUGCCUCUGUACGACUCGGAGCUUGCAAUUUCUGGCUUAAAUUCAAAGUUGGAAACAAACCUCACUCCACGUUGACUCAUUUUGUGACGUAAUGACAUGCCAUACCCCACCCCAAAUGCAGCAAAACUGAAACAGUUGCAUGUUUAAGAAAACUUGUGCAGCAGAUACAGCCUAACAAAGAAUUGUAACAUCCAGCAAUAAACGUCCAAGUAAA